GAAAGGGCGGUGACGUCUACGUCUGCGUCGGUGGCUGCGGAAGAAGCUGACAGUUUCCACGCGGACCAGCGGUGUCUUCUGUUGGGCGCGUGUGAGCUGUUGGAACCGGUGGGCCCGGAGUCGCCAAGAUGCCUAAGGCGAAGGGAAAGAAUCGACGGCGGAAAUUCGGUUAUAAUGUUAACCGGAAGCGGCUGAACCGUAACGCGCGGAGGAAAGCCGCGCCGAAGAUCGAGUGCUCUCACAUCCGUCAUGCCUGGGACCGCUCCAAGUCGGUGCAGCAGAACCUGGCGGAAAUGGGCCUGGCCAUGGACCCCAACAGGGCCGUGCCCUUCCGGAGAAAGGUAACAGCAAUGGAUGUGGAUGUUAACAAGGAAAAAAAACCCAGCAAGAUAGUUCGGAAGCCGUAUGUCUUGAAUGACCUAGAAGAGGAGGCCAGCCUGCCUGAGAAGAAGGGUAAUACCCUUUCACGGGACCUCAUUGACUAUGUGCGCUACAUGGUUGAGAAUCAUGGGGAUAACUAUAAGGCAAUGGCCCGGGAUGAAAAGAACUACUAUCAAGACACUCCAAAGCAGAUCAAGAGCAAGAUUAAUGUAUACAAGCGCUUUUACCCUGAAGAGUUCCAAACCUUUAUUGAUUCCCUGGAGAAGAACAAAAUGGAAGUAGAGUGAAGGACUUCUGCCAUCAUCCAGUUGUGUCUUAGCUAAGUGAACAUUGUUGGAGGCCUGGGUGGAUGGUGGCCUGGAGAACUGGGUGGGAAAAUACAUUUGGUGAGAAAGGAGUCCCAUCCAUACUUUCUUAGAUUUCCCUAAGGUUGUACCCAGUCUUUUUUUUCCUAGCUGGUGCUGGAUCAUAGAAAGGAGCUGUGUUGUUGCUGUAAGAAGAUUUCUGGGAGAAGGGGAGGAGCCAGAACAAGUUACCUCUGUAGAAGGGAUAUUUUUUUUUUUUAUGUUGUCUUUGAACAUUAAAGCUCAUGUGGCUUUGAAGCUUUCAGAUAGCUGUCUGUCAGUUACAGAAAAAAAGAGGCAAUGGGUUAAGAUGGCAACGUUCCCCUGAGUCUGGGCCCUUGGAAGUUCCUUCAGCACACUUACCCCCAGCAGUUAAAGCACCCUUCUGGCCCUUGAUGAAGCUGUGUCUUACUCUGUACGGCUUUCCCUUUGGUUCUGCUCCAUGGGAGAAAGAGGAAAAGUCUAACCCCUUUUCUACAAAGCAGUCCUUCAGAUACUUGAAGACAGCAGUCCUAGCCUACCCAAGUUUUCUUUCAGGCUAAGCUUUCCCCAUUUUAAGGGUGAGGCCCAAAAGCAGCGAGGUUAUUUGCUCAGGGUCACAUGGCUAGUAGGAAGUACUUAAGCUGUUAGAGUGAAAUAGUAGUCUUUCUAUUGCUAUACACUGCCUCUCCUGUUUGUUUAUUGUAUUUUAUUGAACUGAGCUAGUCAUUUUUUCCUCUCUUCUACUCAGUGUCCUCAUCUGAAAAUGAGGCUGUUACCUGUACCAUCUACCUUCCAGGGUAGUUGUAAAAUAAGUAAAGUGCUUGUCUACCAUAAAAUGUUGUGUAAAUAUCA